AAGAGAUCAACUCCAUGCACCAGUGAUGUGUUGCAGUUUGUAAAGGGAUUUUCAUUUUUUCCUGAAGAAAUGUUGGAGACGGUCUCUGCAUCAAAGCUGGAACAAUCAACUUUAUACAAAUUUAGCAUCAAAGAACCAAAACAUUACAGGCCGAAUGGGCUUUCUAUCAGUAUUCCUGCCAUUUUUAUUCUUUUUUUGUAAAUGAUUUAUCUACCGUAUGCUUAUGUGUUUAUGUGAUGGCCAAAACAGUACGCAUGUCUUAUGUCUUUUCAUUCUCCCAUGCCAAGCUCAACACUUGCAGUCCGAAUCAGUAUUUUUUAAAACAUGGCUGUGAUCUCUUAAUCGUUGGCAAUUUUAUGCCUGUUGAAGGAAUGAUUGUAAUUUUUUUUUUUUUUUACUCUUGUUUUCACAGUGAUUCAGUUUUUUGUGCUUUCUCUGUCCUCAGAUUCUUUCUUAAAUGCUUUUUAAUUGUCUUUUUUCCCCACAUUGCCACUUGCUGUUUGAUCCCCGUGUCUGUGGACGCACUUGAAUCACUUAUGCUGAAAUUCAUAUUUUGUUGAAACGUAAAAUGUAAGUCUUAAGAGAGCCUUCUUAUCAUUCGGUAAUGAACAUAUCAUUCCAGGUUGUGUGUGGUUCAGAAGCACACACACAAAGAUUUGCAAUCUCAUGAAAAAAAAUUCUCUAAACACGUGGAACAUUUUGGGAAAGACUGCGUCUUGUGUUUUUAUCUCUGUAUUCAGAUCAAAUAGCUAAAUGAUGGACCAGUUAAACCAUCAUAGUAAUGUUGGUAAAGUAAUAUUGGUGACUCUGUUUUAUGUUAUCUGGUCAUAUUUGGCAGAAUUCUGUCUGGGACUGUUAUUUUACUUUAAUACUUUCAGAUCAUUUUAUUCUAAAUGUCUCUUAAUUACUUAAAAAGAAAUGUCUGAAAGCUCAAAUUGUUAUGCACCUCCAUUGUUCUUAAACUCAUACUAGAUUGUAUAACAGCCACUGGAUUUGUUUAAGAGAAUAUUUUUGCAUCAACUCCAAAGCACCACAUUAGUGGAUUCCUACAAAUUUCCUGAUAAUCAGAGUUUUUUAUUGUAGCUACUCUUUGUGUAUUUUAAUAUCCCCUUCACUUUAAUGUAUUAUUUCUUUUUGUUUUAGUAUUGUUGCUGCCUUUUCCCAAAUAUUAGGAUUGUUUGCAAGUGCUUCAGUGGAUUCAGUUUCCCCUGACCUGCUUUGUAAGAUACAAAGCACAUGAACAAUGCUGGGAUUUCUGAGCCCUGUCCUAAAUUGCUGAUGUGUUUGCAUUCAUUGUCCACAGUGUGGCAGUAUAACAUUUGUCCACCCAGUGUUUGCACUCGUCCACAGGUACUAUGCUGUAUUUCAGCUCUGGGUAGAACGGCUGUGAAGUCGGUCCAUCAACGUGAUUGUUGCGUUUAAGUGGAGUUUCACAAUAGAGCCAUUAGGGGGAGGGACUUGUGCAGACUCAAAAGCCUGAUGGGGCUGCCCUAAGUGACAGAAAACAACAGAACAGAGACGGUGAAGGAGGCAGUUUUGUGACUGAACUGCAGCCAUGACGAGAGCAGACUGAGCAGCUGUAGGAGGAGACGUGGGAACCGAUGCAAGUUUAUCAUCACCUCUGCAUCUGACAGAAGGGCUGGACUUGUGGAGAAAAAGAAUAUUCCUGGAUAGACAGACAGACUCAAGUAGUGCAUAUCAACAAAAUAAACUACAUCAAUGAAGACACCUGGUAUGGCGGUAUUCAAGCAACAAAAUGUGGAUGAUUUCUAUGAAAUUGGAGAGGAACUGGGAAGUGGACAGUUUGCAAUAGUCAAGCGCUGCACAGAGAAGAGCACAGGCACCGAAUUUGCAGCCAAGUUCAUCAAGAAGCGCCAGAGUCGGGCCAGCAGACGAGGCGUGAAAAGAGAGGAGAUUGAGAGAGAGGUGGGCAUCCUGCAGGAGCUCCAGCAUUCCAACGUCAUAGCGCUGCACGAUGUGUACGAGAACCGCACAGACGUGGUGCUUAUCCUCGAACUGGUCUCUGGAGGAGAGCUGUUUGACUUCUUGGCUCAGAAGGAGUCUCUCAGUGAAGAGGAGGCCACUCAGUUUAUCAAACAGGUCCUAGAUGGAGUCCAGUAUCUCCACUCCAAGAGGAUUGCGCAUUUUGAUCUAAAGCCUGAAAAUAUAAUGUUGCUGGACAGGAACGUUCCUUUACCCCGCAUCAAAAUCAUAGACUUUGGACUGGCACACAAAAUAGAAGCCGGGGCAGAUUUCAAAAACAUUUUUGGCACUCCUGAAUUUGUUGCUCCAGAGAUAGUCAACUAUGAGCAACUGGGAUUGGAGGCAGACAUGUGGAGCAUUGGAGUCAUCACAUACAUACUUUUGAGUGGCGCGUCACCUUUCCUCGGUGACACGAAGCAGGAAACGCUGGGGAACAUCUCCGCCGUGGACUACCAGUUCGACGAGGAGCUCUUCAGCAACACGAGCGAGCUGGCCAAGAGCUUCAUCAGGCAGCUCCUGGAGAAGAACACGAGAAAACGGAUGACCAUACAGGACGCCCUGAAUCAUCCUUGGAUUAAGUCCUGUGGCCACGUAGAGGAGAAUGGCGCCGCCCCUGAGGCCGAGAAGAAAGCGGAGCAGCUGAAGACGAAGCGCCUGAAGGAGUACACCAUCCAGCUUCACUCCAGCAUGCCCCAGAACAACACAUAUGCCAACUUUGAGCGUUUUGCCCACGUGGUGGAGGACAUUAGCCUGAUGGAGACGGGGCUGUCAGAGGUGGCGGGAGCCCACAGCACUCUCCAGGGCGACAUAGAGGCACUGCUCUCCAUCUACAAUGACAAGGAGGCCUGGUAUAAGGAGGAGAGCGAGACCGCAAGGAAGCAGCUCUCCCAGGUGCACUACGAGUUUCGGAAAGUGGAGGCCACCAGGAGGCUGCUGCAGGAGGACGUGAAGGCUAUAGAUGCCAGUCUGGAGAGCAUCAGCGGGAAGUACAACCUGAGGCAGAGCCAGCUGGAGGCUCUGAGGCAGGAGCUGAACUCUGAAAUGCAGUGGCUGCAGGAAGUGAUGAGUUCCCUGCAUCCAGAGGGAGCCAACGGCAGCAUCCACAGCAGCAGUCUGAACAUGGACGUGAAGCAGGCACUGAAGGAGCUGCUGCAUCAGUCCUGUGGAGGAGAACUGUGCCCAGAGGCCAAACAGCCACUCACAGAGUCUGGUUAACACGCACAGAUGAAGACACACUUUUAUUGAACUUAAAGCUCUUAAUAUGUUUUUGAAUGUUUUUGUUUGAGUUCAGCACAUUGAUUUUUUUCAGCAGCACAGACUUUUGAAUGUAUAGCUGUGUAGUCUCUACAUUUAGUUUUUUUUCAUUUUGUAAACAAGAAAAAAUGUUCUUGUGUUCUUUAAAUAAUAUUUUUCAGUUAAAGGAAUAGUUAGCAUACAAAUAGAAAUUUGGGGAAAUGUGCUUAUUUGCUUUUUUGCGAGGAGUUAGAUGAAAAGAUGGAUAGGGUUAGCUUAGCUUAGCACAAAGACUGGAAACUGGGGGAAACAGCUAGCCUGGCUCUUGGCCAGGUGCAGUUACUGACAGCAAAACUCAAGAAUUUUUGGACCAGCACAUAACCCCCUGUAAAAUGUCAACUUGUCAACUUGGGACAUGUACCUGUUGUUACAUUUGGACAGAAUCAGGCCAGCUGUUAGCUUGGCUUCCAGUUCUGCACUUAGCUAACCACUGUCUGGCUGCAGCUUCAUUUUGAAGAGACAGAUAAGGUAUUGAUCUCAACUCUCAGCAAGAGAGUGACUAAGUGCAUUUCACUUUCUUUAAGUCUGGCACAAUAUUAGGAAUUAUUCUAAACUUGAAGUGAUAGCAACAGGCCAUUAAACUUAUGCACUGCUCUUUUUGAUUGAGCGGGUUUGGUAGCUUUUUAUUUUAACAAGUGACAAUGAAGAUAAAUAUCGGUUAUGAAUGUUUUUAUUGUGCCAUGGCCAGACAAAGACACAAGAUCAAAUAAUUCUUUUCAAUGGAAUGUAUCAGAAGUUCAUAUUUUCUGAUUGAUUUAUUUUUUCAUUCCAGUCUAUUUUUUUGGACUGUAUUGGUGUUUUGUUAACAUUAUUUUUUUUAUUUACAAUGGUUAUCCAGUUAUAAGUUACUUUUGUAGUUUUUUCAGAUUAUUUUUAUAGUUUCAAAUGUGCACUUUUAAUGAAAGUUUUAUUUAUUUAUUUGUUUUAAAAAACAAUUUUAUUUCUUUCUUGGAGAUGUUCUAUAAGCCGACAGGAAAAACAACAUCUAUGAUAAGAUCUUGUGUGUUUCAUGACGUGUCACCUUUGUCACAUUUUUUUUUAAGUAUCUCAACAGAUACACAUUUUUGUCCUCACCUUUGAUGUGCAUGACACUGAAUGACAUUUUAACGGUUGUCAAAACCACUGAAAUAAAUGUUCAUUAUUUAUUAGA